UUCCUCAGGCCCGGCCAGGCUGGGACGCCGCUGCUCGAACGGCCGAUCCGAGACGUGACUCGGGCGGGCGGAAGAGCCAUGUUGGACUUCGCGAUCUUCGCCGUUACCUUCUUGCUGGCGUUGGUGGGAGCGGUGCUCUACCUAUACCCGGCUUCCAGACAAGCUGCAGGAAUUCCAGGGAUUACUCCAACUGAAGAAAAAGAUGGUAAUCUUCCAGAUAUUGUGAAUAGUGGAAGUUUGCAUGAGUUCCUGGCUAAUUUGCAUGAGAGAUAUGGGCCUGUGGCCUCUUUCUGGUUUGGCAGGCGCCUGGUGGUUAGUUUGGGCACUGUUGAUGUCCUGAAACAGCAUAUCAAUCCCAAUAAGACAUCGGACCCUUUUGAAACCAUGCUAAAGUCAUUAUUAAGGUAUCAGUCUUGUGGUGGGAGUGUGAAUGAGAACCACAUGAGGAAAAAAUUAUAUGAAAAUGGUGUGACCAGUACUCUGCAGAACAAUUUUGGUCUCCUGCCUUUCAGAAGAAUUGUUAGAUAAAUGGCUUUCCUACCCGGAGACCCAGCAUGUUCCCCUCAGCCAGCACAUCCUUGGUUUUGCUGUGAAGUCUGUUACUCAGAUGGUAAUGGGUAGUACGUUUGAGGAUGACCAGGAAGUCAUUCGCUUUCAGAAGAAUCAUGUCACAGUUUGGUCCGAGAUUGGAAAAGGCUUUCUAGAUGGUUCCCUUGAUAAAAGUACAACUCGGAAAAAACAAUAUGAAGAUGCCCUUAUGCAGCUGGAAUCUAUUUUAAAGAAAAUCAUCAAAGAACGAAAAGGAAGGACUUUCAGUCAACAUGUUUUCAUUGACUCCUUAGUACAGGGGGACCUUAAUGACCAACAGAUACUUGAAGACAGUAUGAUAUUUUCUCUGGCUGGCUGUAUAAUAACUGCAAAAUUGUGCACCUGGGCAAUCUGCUUUCUAACCACCUCUGAAGAAGUUCAAAAAAAGCUAUAUGAAGAGAUAGACCAUGUUUUUGGGAAGAACCCCAUUACUCCAGAGAAAAUCGAGCAGCUCCGAUACUGUAGGCAAGUGCUUUGUGAAACUGUUCGAACUGCCAAACUGACCCCAGUUUCUGCUCGCCUUCAAGAUAUAGAAGGAAAAAUUGAUCAAUUUAUUAUUCCUAGAGAGACUCUUGUCCUUUAUGCCCUGGGUGUGGUACUUCAGGAUCCUAGUACUUGGCCAUCACCACACAAGUUUGAUCCAGACCGGUUUGAUGAUGAAUCAGUAAUGAAAACUUUCUCCUUGCUGGGAUUCUCAGGCAAACAGGAAUGUCCAGAGUUGAGGUUUGCAUACAUGGUGACCACAGUACUUUUGAGUGUUUUGGUGAAGAGACUGCACCUGUUUUCUGUAGAGGGACAAGUUAUUGAAACAAAGUUUGAACUGGUAACAUCAUCAAGAGAAGAAGCUUGGAUCACUGUCUCAAAGAGAUAUUAAAUUUUAUAUAGUAUAUUUACAAUCUUAGUCAGAUAGACUGAGGAAACUGACCAUUUAGAAAUCUCUGUUGAAUCCUUUUAUAAACCAGCUAUUUUAUAAUAUAGACACCUAUUAGUACUUCAUUAUGUAAAUUCGGGUUUUUGUCACAUUUUUUAAUACCUAAUAUAAAUUUAUAGUUAUUGUACCAAUAUAGUGAUCAUUUAUUGGGAAAGUUUAGCUUUCUAGUUUUAAUUUUUGUUUUUUCACUACGCCAUUAUUUUCAUAUUCUUUGUCUUACUAUGAUCUUUUUUUUAAUGCAUAUUCUUGAAAAGAGAAAUUAUUUUGAACAAGUUGGGGAAUCAUGUGUUUUGAAUAUUCAUGAAAUAGAAACCUAAUCCUAACUCUGUUUUAUACUUUCAUUAAAUCACCUUAAAGUAAAAUUUUAAGAACAUUUUAUAACUUUCUUUUUUAGAGUAAUAUUUGUAUUUUCUGGCUAUAAAUUGUUUUGCAUUUUAAUACUUUUUAUGUUUGAACAAUUUAUUGAGUAACCUACAAUGCAUUUACUAAUUUUUUACCUCCUAAGACAACAGUGUUAUUUCAUGGCUUACACAAGGCUCAUCAUUUUUAACAGUUCUUAAAUCAUUGGAAAAUAAUACAGUUGUUUCUGAAUGUUUCUGAACUGUCCUUCCUAUGUGACCCUUCCUAAGUGACAUACUAAAACUGAAGCAUCUUCUAUUUUGCUGGAAACCUUAGCAGAACUAUAUCACUCCACUGAUUCUCAUUUGUAGAAAAAACAGAAUUCCCAAAUUUGGUAUUUACUAUUAUGUCAUAUACUGAACAUAAUGAAAUUGUCACUAAGAAUAAAGAGAGCGGGUCAGCA